ACAGCCGUCACAACACCGGAAGUGCAUUAGCGAAGCGGGGGCGGGACUACGGAAGCCUGUGAAGGAGGGUUAGUAAAACCCGGAAGAGUUCACCGGGUGACACGCUCGAUCGUGUUCUUCUGUUCGCUCAGGAAAAUGAUUUAAUAAGUAAAUCUAGUUACUGAUUGUACAGCAAGAUCACGCCUACUUGUAAUCACGUCGACGUAGUCUUUAAUUUCAUUUGUUUAAGAAAGCUUUCGUAACAGCGCUCAGAACCGACUCACCAAGGUCACAAGCUGCAGAUUAUAAAGACACAGGGAGGACAAACAUGGCUGGACUGGUCAACUUUGAAGAUGAGAAGGAAGUGAAGCAGUUUUUGGAUAACUUGGAAGUUGAGUACAGCUUCCAGUGCUACAAAGAAAACGACCCUGAAGGGUGCCAGAGGCUCUCUGACUACUUUGAGGGGGUGAAGAAGAACUACGAGUCUGCAGCUAAGGUGCUCAAACACAACUGUGAAAGCAACGGGCACGGAGAGAGCUGCUAUAAACUGGGGGCGUACCACGUCAACGGCAAAGGAGGCGUGACGGAGUGUCUGAAGGAGGCCUACUCCUGCUUCAUGCGCUCCUGCCACUCCACCGGGAAGAAGUCCAUCGACGCGUGCCACAACGUUGGCCUACUGGCCCACGACGGGCGAGCCCACGAGGGGGGGGCGGACGUGGCCGUGGCCCGCCAGUACUACGAGAAGGCCUGCGCCGGCGGCUUCGCUGCCUCCUGCUUCAACCUCAGCGCGUUGUUCAUCGAGGGCAACGCCAAGGGCCUGGCGCCGGACAUGAAGCAGGCGCUGCGCUACGCCGACAGGGCCUGCGAGCUGGGACACGUGUGGGGCUGCGCCAACGCCAGCCGCAUGUACAAGCUCGGGGACGGCACGCCGAAGGACGACAAGAAGGCCGAGCAGCUGAAGGAGCGGGCCAGGGCGCUGCACGGGCUGCAGAAGGAGCGCCAGCUCCAGUUCGGGGAGUGAACGAGACGCUCAAGUUCUGGGACCUCAGACUGUGUAAGAGGUUCCAUAAUAGAACCACGGCGCUGAAGGCUUCGCCGCGUUGAGGGGGGUCCACACCCGGAUUGGAUGUUUGUGUCGAGUGUCUCCAGGACGUGUAAAGUAUCUAAAAGAGUUGAGAUUCAUGAUGUGACGCCUUUUGAAGGACUGUGAUUGGCGGUUAGGUAAUCCGUGUGAUGUCAUCACGUUGUCAUUUGCAUCAAGCUUGAUCUAAAACUAUGUUACAUCAUCACCGUGUUUGUUAUUACGCAGGAUGUCGUUUACUUUGUUGGAACAAACCAUGUGCAUUAAAUCAAUCUCAAGCACUCAGUGAACAAACUGAUGUUUUUACAAACGUGUCAAUCUCAUUUUAUUAGAAUUGUUAAUAACGGGAGGAAAUUCCCAACAGCUCCAUAUAAAAUAUACUUAAAGAAUCACAAGUAUUCAUUAUACAGUUUUUCUCAGUCGCUUUGGUACAUUUCUCAGAUUAGAAUUUAAAUCCUCAAAAAAGCAGUUUCUCAUUUCUUUGAACAAGUUGCAAAUGCUUUGGUACAUCCAUGCAAAUGGUUAUGUACAAUUCUCAGUUGCUUAUGUCAUGUUGAUCAAAUGUAUUAUCUGUUGUCUCACCCCCCACAACAUCUAGGCAUUAGUUCAUCGCAUAAGUCUCUACAUGCAAAAUGGUUGGACAAGUUGUCAUAAUAUGUGAAGCAUAUUUCUCUACAUUUCCAUUAGACUUUGUUUCUGAAUCUGUCCUAAAUUGGUCAACUUCUUCCCGUUGAAUCUUGACUUUCUCUAACAAAGGUGCAUCUCGUGAACCAUCAACUGACAAGAAUAUAACAGCUGGAGCACAACACAAUGUCACAAUGUGUGACAAUGGAAGGACGAGGAAUUUGACAUCCAGAGAAAAGAGGAAGAGGCCGAGAACCAAACAGGGUCCGAUUGGAGAUGACUUUCCAAAGUAUGUGAUAGUUUGGGACAAUGAUCAUCAGGCAGUGGUUUGUGACCCACACUUAUCCCCAGCAUUGUGUGUGAAGGUUAGUUACUGAUGGGCAGGGGACACUGUGUGUGGUAGGUCCUGUCAUCAGUCUAUGAA